GUAGCUUUUGGCUUCAAUAUCUCGGUGCCCAUCCACACCCUCUUCCGCUCCUGCAACGUGAUCGCGUCCGUGCUGCUAGGGUACGCCCUCUUUCGCCAGCGCUACACGAUGAAGCAGCUGGUUUGCGUUGUUGUCAUCACAGUUGGCAUCUUCCUGGGCAGUGUGGGUGAUGCCAAGCAGUUCUUCGGCUGCACCGACUGUGGCGGCAAAGGGGCAGGUGCUGCUGCCUCUUCCGACGAUGCCGGCUUCAUGAGGUGGACUUUUGGCAUCGCUCUCCUCGUUUUCGUGCAGCUCUUGCAGGGUUUUCUAGGCCACACGCAGGCUCACCUCUACAGGCUUCACUGCCUCCGCGGGACCAAAGGCGAACUAGCGGAGGAGUUCCUCUUCACCUCUCACGUGGUAAGCUUUCUACCUUUCAUCUUCCUCUGGUCGGAUGUUCUGGCCGCUGCCAGGUUGGCCUGGAAUUCGCCACCGUUGUUUGACUGGCUUCCGAUCCCGUCCCAGCUGCUGUACUUCCUGGCCAACAACCUGUGCCAGCUGGUGUGUAUCAAAGGGGUCUUCCGGCUCUCCGCGCACUUUACCCCAUUGACGGUGAACAUCACCCUGUCCGUGAGGAAGUUCGCCUCCGUGAUCGUCUCCAUCCUUUGGUUCGGGAAUCCCUGGACGGUGCUGCACAGCGUCGCAACAGUGGCCAUCUUCGGGGGCGUGUUCGCGUACUCGCAGUGCCCAGCAGCCACGAAGCUGCCGCAGGACAGCAAGAAGAAGGAGUGA